GCCGCCACACAGGAGCUCCCGCCGGCCGCUCUCCGCCGCUGAGCGCGCGCCUGCCCCGCUCGCUCUCGAACCUGGGUUUUACUGGGGGUUGGGAAGGGCCGUGGACGGUGCUGGGGGAGCCUGACCAGGCAGCACCGUUUAGGUAACCAUUAGAGGACCAGAAAGAUGACAUCCAUCAUCAAAUUAACCACCCUCUCUGGGGUCCAAGAGGAGUCUGCACUCUGCUAUCUUCUCCAGGUGGAUGAGUUUAGGUUUUUGCUGGACUGUGGCUGGGAUGAGCACUUCUCUAUGGACAUUAUUGAUUCCCUGAGGAAGCACGUUCACCAGAUUGACGCGGUGCUCCUGUCUCACCCUGACCCUCUCCACCUCGGUGCCCUUCCAUUCGCUGUGGGGAAACUGGGUCUGAACUGCGCCAUCUAUGCUACAAUUCCUGUUUAUAAAAUGGGGCAGAUGUUCAUGUACGAUCUUUAUCAGUCUCGACACAAUACCGAAGAUUUUACUCUCUUUACAUUAGAUGAUGUGGAUGCAGCCUUUGAUAAAAUACAGCAGCUAAAAUUCUCUCAGAUUGUGAACUUGAAAGGCAAAGGCCAUGGUUUGUCUAUCACACCCCUGCCAGCCGGUCAUAUGAUAGGAGGGACAAUAUGGAAAAUAGUCAAAGAUGGAGAAGAAGAAAUUGUUUAUGCCGUUGACUUCAACCACAAGAGGGAGAUCCACUUAAAUGGAUGUUCCCUGGAAAUGCUAAGCAGACCCUCUCUACUUAUCACAGAUUCAUUUAAUGCUACAUAUGUGCAGCCUAGAAGGAAACAGAGAGAUGAGCAACUCCUGACAAAUGUCCUGGAAACUCUUCGGGGUGAUGGAAACGUGCUAAUAGCAGUGGACACAGCAGGCAGAGUUCUGGAGCUUGCUCAACUUCUUGACCAGAUUUGGAGAACUAAAGAUGCCGGAUUGGGUGUUUAUUCACUGGCACUCCUGAAUAACGUCAGUUAUAACGUGGUGGAGUUUUCUAAGUCACAGGUAGAAUGGAUGAGUGAUAAAUUGAUGAGAUGUUUUGAAGACAAAAGAAAUAACCCAUUUCAGUUUCGCCAUCUCUCUCUGUGCCAUGGUCUUUCUGACUUGGCUCGAGUUCCAAGCCCCAAAGUUGUACUUGCCAGCCAGCCUGACCUGGAGUGUGGAUUCUCAAGGGACCUUUUUAUUCAGUGGUGUCAGGACCCUAAAAACUCAAUCAUUCUAACCUAUAGAACAACUCCUGGGACUUUAGCACGUUUCUUGAUUGAUAAUCCUUCUGAGAAAGUUACAGAAAUAGAGCUGAGGAAACGCGUGAAGCUUGAAGGGAAAGAACUUGAAGAAUAUGUGGAGAAAGAGAAACUAAAGAAAGAAGCUGCUAAGAAACUUGAACAGUCCAAAGAGGCAGAUAUCGACUCCAGUGAUGAGAGUGACGUGGAAGAAGAUAUCGACCAGCCUUCGGCUCAUAAGACAAAGCAUGACCUAAUGAUGAAAGGGGAAGGCAGUCGCAAAGGCAGCUUCUUCAAACAGGCCAAAAAAUCCUACCCCAUGUUUCCUGCCCCAGAAGAGAGAAUUAAAUGGGAUGAAUAUGGAGAGAUCAUCAAGCCAGAAGAUUUCUUAGUGCCAGAACUUCAAGCUACUGAAGAAGAAAAAAGCAAAUUGGAAUCUGGUUUGACAAAUGGAGACGAGCCCAUGGAUCAGGACCUGUCUGACGUUCCCACCAAGUGUGUUUCUGCAACAGAGUCUAUUGAGAUCAAAGCCAGAGUAACUUACAUAGACUAUGAAGGACGCUCAGAUGGAGACUCCAUUAAGAAGAUCAUCAACCAGAUGAAACCGCGACAGCUGAUCAUUGUCCACGGCCCACCAGAGGCCAGUCAGGAUCUGGCCGAGUGCUGCCGGGCCUUCGGUGGGAAGGACAUUAAAGUGUACAUGCCCAAACUCCAUGAGACAGUUGAUGCCACAAGCGAAACGCAUAUCUACCAGGUCAGGUUAAAGGACUCCCUUGUCAGCUCCCUACAGUUUUGUAAAGCUAAAGAUGCCGAGUUAGCUUGGAUAGAUGGCGUCUUAGACAUGAGGGUCUCCAAAGUGGACACCGGAGUUAUCUUAGAAGAAGGGGAGCUCAAGGACGAUGGAGAAGACUCAGAGAUGCAAGUGGAUGCUCCUUCAGACUCCAGCGCCAUAGCCCAGCAGAAGGCCAUGAAGAGUCUGUUUGGAGACGACGACAAAGAGUUGGGCGAAGAGAGUGAGAUCAUCCCCACACUGGAGCCUUUGCCGCCUCAUGAGGUUCCUGGACAUCAGUCGGUUUUUAUGAAUGAACCAAGACUGUCUGACUUCAAGCAAGUUCUUUUGCGGGAGGGGAUUCAAGCAGAAUUUGUAGGAGGCGUACUUGUCUGCAACAACCAAGUAGCAGUCCGCAGAACAGAAACUGGACGCAUCGGGUUAGAAGGCUGCCUUUGUCAAGACUUUUAUAGGAUACGAGACCUUUUAUAUGAACAAUAUGCCAUUGUGUAAAGGACAUGAUGUCAGGAAGUGUCUGCUUGACCUUUCUCAGGAAGAAAGGAUUAUCAUCUGAGGCUAAGCUUUCGCUGUCUUGUUUUGUAACAUACAAAAAGAAUCUGCCAGAAAACGUGAGCAUGUAUUAGAUUUUGAAAAAUAUGAAUCAAGGGCCUGGGGCGUAGCUCAGUGGUAGAGCUCUUGCCUAGCAUGUGCGAGGCCCUGGGUUUGAUUCCCAGUACUGAAUAAAGAAAGAAAGAAAGUGUAAAUAGAACCCAUUUUGUAAAUGCUCUACCUUGCUUGGAAUGCUGGAGGCCCAGCGAAGACACAGGCCCAGAGCUGAAGGUAUUGAUUUCCUCUGCAGACCCCUUGCUUCAAAGGGUUUACUACUUGAAAAAACAAGCAGUGCAACUUAGCAGACCAGUUCAUGGCCUUACAGAAACUGGUGUGCAUGCAUUUGUGCAGACAGUUUCUCACGUUUUCUGGAAUGAAAAGGGAGAAUUACAUAGAAAGGAUAUGCUAUAAAAGAUACAAACACAAACAAAAAACUGGUGAAACAUUUAAAAAAGCGUGCUGUGCUGUUCCUCCUUUUGAAUUCUGAUCUGCAGUUGCCUCCACAUGGUUCUCUUUACCCUCUUCUUUCAGUGCAUAUGAGGCAGCACACAUUUAGUUUAGAAAUAAAUUUUUAUUUCUCCCAUUUCUUAUUUAUGAAGAUUUUUUUUGUUGUUCAAUUUGAAUUUAUAACCUCAUCAUUUGAAUAAAUGUCAUCUAAAAGAAAGCCUUGAAGCUGAGUGUUGUACGUACGCCGUAAUCCCAGCAGCACUCAGGAGACUGGCGUAGGAGGAUUGUGAAUUAGAGGCCAGCCUGAGCUACAUAGUGAGAGACUGUGUCAAAAACCAGCAAAAAGAAAGCCAGGCAUGUUACCAUUUCUGCGGACAUUUUAUUUAGACACAUCUUACCUAUUGGCCAAGCAGCUGUAUUUGAAACUGUCCAAUGCUCUUGUUUUUAAAAAACAAAUGUUGACUCUCACAUUUUUAUAAGGUAACAGUGUAAUUUAACUAAAGGGUGUAAAUGUUUUCCUUUCUUAGCUUGUUUUCUAAGUUUAUGUAAACAGUGGUUGGAUUUUAUGCUUAUUACCACAAAAAUAAUACUGAACUAGGGUAAUUGCCUCCCUUAAUAUAGUACAAAGAAUCCUGCUUAAGAGUGAAAACUGAAAAUAUGCAAUUCCAUUGACUUGAACAAUGAGCCAUGUUGUCCCAUUGUAGCCUGUUGGUUUAUUUCUUAGAAGGCAGCAUAAUCAAGGCAGCCCUUGAUGCUUGCCUAAGCUUUAAGCCCUCCUCUCUGCACUGAGCAUUUAGAGAAGCCUCAAUCUUGUUUAACUUCAGAACUAUGUUAUUUCAACCCAGUGAGCCACUGUCAGACUAGAAUUAGCCUUUUAUUCAGUCUCAGGUGCUGACGGAGCCUUCUGUUCUGGAUUACAGCCCUGAAGCAAGUUUGUAGCCUUCUGAUACUGAAAAGCAGAUGUACAAAAUAGUGUUGCAGAGAUGAGUUUAAGAGUGUGUUUUCUUUUUUGCAGUUAUGAAACAUUCCUCUUGUUCCCCAUUACUAUAUAGAGGAAGCCUAUAAUUCUAUUUUCUAUUCCAGGAGAAGAAAACCUGCAGUUGUUACAUAGCAUGAAGUUUCUGGCUAUACCUAUUACAUGGUAAUACUUACAUGUAAAAGUAUUUCUUGCCUAGCCUUUCUGCUGUCCUAUGAAUAGGAAUUAAAUUGUAAAGUACUGCUUGAAGAUGGCUGUUCUACAUAAUGCCAUUAGAGAACAAUACUUCUGCCUGUGUCUAGAUGACAUUUUAAAGACCAAUGGGAUAAAUCAUGAGUGCAGAGAAGCUUUGAGACGCAAGAAUAAAUACAGCAUGUGAACUGUCAGCUGAUAACACAAAUAGUUUUCUUAAAAAGAAAUUUUAUCUGGCCAUGAUGACACAUGCCUGUAAUUUCAUCACUUCAUUCAAACUUGGCUUAAGGCCAGCCUGGACAGCAUAAGACUCUGCUCAAAAGAAGGAGAAAAGGGAUGGGGAUGUAGCUCAGUGGAAGAAUACUUACCUAGCAUGUGUGGCCCAGGUCUGGAGGUUGGGGGUUUCUCAUUGUAUUUGUUACAGUACAAUUAUACAUGUCAAGUAUCAUUGCAGUUAUUUCUGUAUUUCUGUGUGACUCAGUAGGUGACCUGAACCUAUAUUGAAAAAAUCGGUUUUGUAAGGUGGGUUGUUCACCUUUUUGUGUGUUUGUGCAGUUCACAUACCAUAAAAUAUUUACUCUUACAAUAUGUAAUUCACUGGUUUUGGUAGAUCCAGAAUGUGCAGCCAGUACUAUGUAAUUCCAGAUUAGUUUUUGUCAUUCCAAAAAGAAACCCAGUAACCAUUUGCCCCUGAUUUUCUCUUCUCCCUAGUCAGUCAUCAGUCUUUUCUGUCUCUUGACAUUUCAUAAAAAAGAAUCAUGCAACAUGUGGCCUUUUGUCUCUUCUUUCAAUUAACGCUUGUUUUUCAAGAUUCAUUAAUGUAGUAAUAUGUUAGCAUCAUUUUUUGUUUGCUUUGAGACGUGGUCUUGCAUUGUAUAGCUCAAGCUGGUUUCCAACUCAUAAUCUUCCUGCCUCUAGAAUGCUGGGAUUAUAGGCGUACACUUUCAGUAUCCAUUUUACAGUCAUGUGACACCCCUUUGUUUCGGUGUCGUGCUUGUUCAUCAGUUGAUGUACGUUGAGUGGUUCCCAGUUUCUGGCUGCUAUCAAAAAUGUUGCUUUGAACAUUCUUGUACAAGAUUUUUUAAAAUAUAAACAUUUGUGUUUUAAAUUUUCUUGUGUGUGUCCUUAAGAAUAGGAUUGCUGGAUCAUAUGGCAACUCUGGUUAACCAUCUAAGGAACUACCGACUGUCUUGUGAAGCAGCUGUACCAUUUCCUGUCCCCAUUGGCAUAUAUGUGAGGGUCCCAUUUUUGUCACAUGUACUCUUGACUACAUCUUCUGUCCUCACCAUCCCUAGCAUGUGAGGAGGGAUUGCCUGGAGGUUUUGCUUUGUAUUUCGUAAUAAACAAUGAUGUUGAGCA